GCCUGCUUGGUAGGGAAGUUUUGGGACCACCCUCACUGUGUCAACACCAAAUGCUAGCUUGCCACACUUUAUGGAUUAGAAUGCUCAGACUAGCAUGGUGUCGCUCGGCGUCCAAAUAUAGCUGCGUGGAACCUACGCGUCUUGUCAUUGCAGCCCUCGGGCACACGACCCCUCCUGGCAAGAGUUCGGUUCAUAGAGUAACGUUGUUGCGACAGUUUACCCACCACCACUCAGCAACCGUCCACUUCCACAGAUCAUCUUCCCUUACGAUGGCAUCAGGGGGUGAAGGUUCAUCAUCGACUCCUCCCCAACACACCAACAGGUUAGCUAAGGAGAGGUCACCCUACCUGCUGCAACAUGCACACAACCCCGUUGACUGGUAUCCAUGGGGACAAGAUGCCUUCGACAAGGCACGGCAGGAAGACAAACCAAUCUUUUUAUCAGUAGGCUACUCAACAUGCCACUGGUGCCAUGUUAUGGAGAGGGAGUCUUUUGAGGAUGAGGAAGUUGGCAAGUUACUCAGUGACAACUUCGUCUGCAUCAAAGUCGACCGAGAAGAAAGACCGGAUGUGGAUAAAGUCUACAUGACCUUCGUACAGGCAACAAGUGGAGGGGGAGGAUGGCCCAUGAGUGUGUGGUUAACUCCUGAUCUCCGUCCUUUCAUCGGGGGCACUUACUUUCCACCCGGAGACCACGGAAGACGACCUGGCUUUAAGACAGUCCUCACCCGAAUCAUGGAUCAGUGGCAGAAUAACCGUUCUCACUUGGAGUCCAGCGGGGACAGAAUCCUCGAGGCACUGAAAAAAGGUACGGCUGUGACUGCAAACCUGGGCGACAGUCCUCCUUUGGCUCCUGAUGUGGCUCAACGCUGCUUCCAACAGCUGGCUCGCUCUUAUGAGGAAGAGUAUGGAGGGUUCAGAGAUGCUCCCAAGUUCCCCACACCGGUGAAUCUGAUGUUCCUCAUGUCUUACUGGUCUGUGAAUCGCUCCACCUCGGAGGGCGUUGAGGCUCUCCAGAUGGCUUUGCAUACACUCCGUAUGAUGGCGUUGGGUGGCAUCCACGACCACGUUGCCCAGGGUUUUCAUCGUUACUCCACAGAUUCCUCUUGGCACGUUCCACACUUUGAAAAGAUGUUGUACGACCAGGCCCAGCUUGCCGUCGCUUACAUAACUGCCUUCCAGGUAUCAGGUGAGCAGAUUUUUGCGGAUGUGGCGAAGGACAUACUGCUUUAUGUCUCCAGAGACUUGAGCGAUAAGUCUGGGGGCUUCUACAGUGCAGAGGAUGCAGACUCCGUCCCAACAUCAGGGGGUUCCGAAAAGCGUGAGGGAGCUUUCUGCGUUUGGACAGCCUCGGAGGUUAGGCAGCUGCUGACAGAUGUGGCAGUGGGUGCUAGUGGGCCCACUACCCUGGCAGAUGUUUUCAUGCAUCAUUAUGGAGUGAAAGAGCAAGGCAAUGUUGCCCCUGAACAGGACCCUCAUGGGGAGCUGCAGGGCCAGAAUGUGCUGAUUGUGCGGUAUUCCGCAGAAUUAACAGCUGCGCACUUUGGUGUUAGCGUAGAGACGGUCAAUGAGCUUUUGGCUUCGGCACGAGCCAAAAUGGCAGAAGUGAGGAAGAUUCGGCCACGCCCACAUCUGGACACCAAAAUGGUGGCCUCCUGGAAUGGUCUGAUGCUGUCAGCAUACGCUCGUGUCGGAGCCGUGCUUGGGGACAAGGCCCUGCUGGAGAGGGCGGUGCAGGCCAGCCACUUCCUCAAGGAACACCUGUGGGAUACAGAGAGGCAGACCGUUCUGCGAUCUUGUUACCUUGGAGACCAGAUGGAGGUGCAGCAAAUAUCACCGCCUAUUUCUGGCUUCCUUGACGAUUACGCAUUCAUCAUUUGCGGCUUGCUCGAUCUCUAUGAGGCCACACUGCAGACAGAGUGGCUGCAGUGGGCCGAAGAGCUCCAGAUCAGACAGGAUGCGCUGUUCUGGGAUUCAGCGGGUGGAGGGUACUUUUGCUGUGAUCCCAGUGACAGCACUGUUCUUCUGCAACUCAAAGAAGAUCAGGAUGGAGCCGAGGCCAGUGCUAACUCUGUGUCGGCAUCCAAUCUGUUGCGUCUGUCUCAGUACACUGGAAGGCAGGAAUGGCUCCAGAGAUGCCAACAGCUGCUGGCAGCCUUUUCCGACCGUCUUACCAAUAUCCCCAUCAGUCUACCUGAGAUGGUCCGUGCCCUUAUGGCACAGCACCACAUGCUUAAGCAGGUUGUGAUCUGUGGCCAAAGAGAUUCAACGGAUACUAAAGGUCUUUUAGAGGCAGUCAACUCCCUCUUUGUACCACAUAGGGUCCUGAUGCUAUUAGACGGCAAGGCGGACAGUUUCCUCUGCCAGCGUCUGCCUGCGCUCUCCGCCAUGUCUCAGCAGGGCAGCGUGGCCACUGCCUACGUGUGCCAGGACUUCACCUGCUCGCUGCCCGUCACUGAACCCCAGGAACUACGCAGGCUGCUGCUGGACGGGCAUAUGGAGAUGCAGGCAGAAUGAUGAGUUGAAACACUGUCCGACUUAACCAAAUGAGCUUUAAAGACUCAAUUUAUGAGCAAACCUGGCCAGCCUAGCUUGUUCUUGCAGUGGCUAGUUAAAUUGGAUGUACCCAUCAAGUGCUCCAUUCAUUCAUUCAUUAUUAUUACUAUUAUUAUUAUUAUUUAUUAUUUUGCCACAACAUUAGACUUAAACUAAUCCGUGUAUCUUUAAUUAUUGCUCUUCCUUAAUACUUUAAAUAUCUGCACGGUCUUAACCUUACCAGCCUCAAAGAGCCGAUUAGGUAUACAAAAGUAAAGAAACACAGCUGCAGUGGCAGCUUAUUCUAAAUAUGAAGCGCUUCUAGUCUUUUGUGACUGCUCAGAAGAGAGUGGCACACUUAAUAGAACUUAACCUUGUGUUGAACUUGCAUUUUUACAAUUGAAUCGGUUUUCUUCUGCAAGCCUCGUGUUCCUGCUCACGUCAAAUGGAUCUGACGGUAGUUUUCCACACAUCGGAAAUGUGAGUGUGUGUGUGGGGGUGGGUGCAUGUACCAUCUAUUGUUAGUCAGUUGUACGUGUCUGCGUUUGACUUCAUGUGUAAUCACUUGACAGUGAGCGAGCUGCACAAGUGAGGAGCCCCACUCUUAACAUCUGCUCUCACCCUCACUCAUCCAUCCAUCCAUUUUGAACACCGCUUAUCCUCACCCUCACUCACUUUCUUGCAAUCUUAAAAUUCACCAUAUCAGCAAAGACAACUUUACACGUAGGCUUUACAAGACAAUAUAGGCAGCACAUUUAUCUGGAAAGGUCCUAAACAAUAAAUAGGCCAGAUACAUUUAGUGGGAGAAAAACAAAUCAAAUUUCCUGAAAACUUGGGAGAUGGGAUAGCUCUGGAAGAAGGUGCAGUGACAGCAGUUUGUUCUCACUGUUUGAGUUACAAUGGCAUCCAUGGAACAGUCCACCCCCCCCCUCCAAAAAAUCAUAAUGGUGGCAUCUGUCGGGCUGUCAUUCUUCUUAAAUCCUGGUUAAAAAAAAAAUAAUGUAUGCAUUUUGGUCCCAAUUACAACAAUUUAUACCCCAAAGUGUAUUAUUCUGCUAAUUGAAUGCCUCCUUUUUGGAAGAAAAAAAAAUACCAGCAUUAUACUAGCAUCUUAAAAAAAUUCAUUUUAUCUCUUAAGACGCCACAUACAGCAAGUACAACAAAUGACAACCUGCUCUGAGGAGAUUAGCACUUCUGAACUAUGUUAAAUGAGAGCCCAUGAAACCCAUGGUUUUACAUUAAAUCAUCUGACCCUCCAUAUUAAAAAAUAUGUAUUUUUCCCAGUACAUACAUUUGGCAGUGAGAGGGUUAUUUAAAUGUUUGACCAUUAAUUUGUAUUUAGGGCAUCAUCAGUGAUUCUUAAUGAAAUAAUAAUAAUAAUGACACUUCAUUAUUUUAUAAUCUCAUGCACAAAGAAAGGCACCCAAUAAUGUGCUUGAUUACUAAAAUAUACUUUUAAAGAUAUCGCGCAUAACAAAGUAGAGCUGAAAAUUUUGGAUUUCAAUUAUUGAAGCUUGAUUGCUGACUACCGUCAUUUUCCACCCAUGUCAUUUCCAAUUUUAAGAUGCUAAUUCCCCAAAUAGAAAUUCACUUUCCCUCAAAAUGUGUUUACGAUAUAAAUUUUUAUGGGCAUAACUGUAAACAGAUAAUACUGUAUUUAAUAAAUGGUCUGACUUUUGUGUUCAUUUUUAUUUUCUGCAAUAAAUCUCAGAUGGGAAAAGUCCAGCUGGUGGAGAGUGAUUCUGUCCCAGUUGUCUCCCGUAUUCCUCUUUUGUACUAUUUAUACUCCUUACGCAGAGAAAUCCCCUCUCGCUCUCUGGAAUGCCAGCAGGCUGAAUGAAGGUAAUGUAAACUCUGUGUGACUUUGUGUUGUAGGAAGAAGGGCCACAUGGGAAUAUUCAGUGUACACGUGUGUAUGUGUUUCUAUGCGAGUGUAGGAAAGGAGACAGAUGGGCGGCUGAUGUUGAGGCGAUGCAGUUUGGCUCGCAGGUUCCUGCUCUGGGCUCUGGAAUGAAGGAGACAAAUAAGAUGUUUCAUCCAGUCACAAUACGAGCACCGCAUCACUCUCCUUGCCUGAGGAAAAUUGUCACCUUAUCCACUGUGCGUUUCCUCCUUUUCCGCAGUUUUUUUUCUCCUUCCUCUUUCGCACAACUUUUGUGUCGGGUUGAUCAUGGAGAUAAUCCAUGCUUCUAUUCUGUGGCAAACGUAGACGAUGUUUUUAACUUGAAAUUGUUUAGAGAAGAGGUUAAGGGAGAGUACAGAGCACAGCUUGACAGCGGACCGCAAGAUGUAGUACUUUGUUCUAUUUUAGGUGUUUUGGCCCAUCUCACUUUUUUGUGGUUAUUUUGCAUUCCCUCAAAUACCCUCCUCACGCAUCGCUCUUUUCCUCCACCUGUGUCUCAUUCUAUCAUCCUCUAUCUGGUGCCAGAUGCAUGAAAUAAUUUCACACACAUGGCACACACAAUACUUUCGACAAAUUAAAUGUGAUUAAAAAUGCAUAUCUUCAAGUUCAACAGAAGACAGAUGUAAGGUGAUAACUCUAGAACUUAUUUACAAACCACAUCUGCCAUUUCGAGUUAAAACGAUAUAUGAUUCCGAAUGCGCCUUCUGCUUACUGCUUCCAGCACCUUCCGGUCUUCGGCUCUAUAGACUGUUCAUUCGGUGUUGUUGCUAUUGUUCCAUCCUGUUGUUCCCAUCCUUGUGUAUUUGUUGUCGUAUGAUUUAGCGAUGUCAAGAUGGCUUAUUGGGUGCCAUUUUGAUGUACAAAUGGUUCAGGCAGUGGCAAGAGUUUUUUUUGGCUUUCCAAGUGAAAAAGGAAUUUUAAAAAGUUAAUCGACGGGAAGAAACGUGGUCAGCUGUGGGUGCCUAGCAGGCAUUCCAAACAGUGCUAAUCACUUCGAACCGGCGUGUUUUGAGACAGAUUUAGCAGAAAGCAUUGGAUACACAGGUGUCGUUAGGCGGUGCCAACUAUUUUUCCUACAGCCAUUGGGACCUCAACCACCAGCAAGAGAACUAAAUCUCACAGCCACCACGGUGCCGUGGCGCAGACAAGAGAUGAGGAUUUCCUUAUACAUACAUACGACUAUUAUGGUUAUUAUGCACUGGUUAGUCGUAAAAAAAUACCCACGCUGUACUUUUUUCACUACUGUCCUCUGUACUUUUGCCUAUAUGACAAGCCAACAGACACGGCAAAGACUUUCCGUGCGGCGGAAUCUUUGUCCUUUGACCUUUAAUUAAGCAAACUGUUGAGAUUUUGUGGGCGGCUGUGGCUGAGUAGGUAGAGCGGGGACAUCCAGUGACCGAAGGGUUGGUGGUUCGAAUCCUGGCUCCGACUGUCCGCAUGUCAAAGUGUCCUUGGGCAAGAGCCUAAACCCUAAUUUGCUUCCAGUGGGCCUGGCAGCACCUUGCAUGGCAGCAGUCGCCCAUUGGUGUAUGAAUGUGUGUGAAUGUGAGGCUUUGUAAAGCACUGUAAUAGUGGAGAUAAAGUGCUAUAUAAGUGCAGUCUGUUUACCAUUUUACUAUUUUGGCCAUAUUGUUGCAUCACAAUCAGACUAAUUUACAUAAUACUGCACCUACAGUUCCUCCCGCCAUGACUUUGCAGUGGAUAAAAAAAACUGACACAUUUUCCGCAAGUGACAGCUACAUGGAACCACUAUCACAUCAAAGCCAAAAACACAAAUAUAUUGUAAUAUUGUUACAUGGUAGCAGCAAAUAGCAUGGUCAUCACAGCCAGAAAAAGCUGCCCCAAGUGGAGGAGUUCAAGUAUCUUGGGGUCUUGUU